AAAUACUACUGAUAAGCUUCAGAAAAUUUCAAAAAUCCAAAAAGUUGGCUCAAUAUGCUGAAAAUCUUCGGAGACAAGAAGGGGAAGGAGAAAAAAGGAAAAAAUAACAAUAAUGUGAAUGAAAAACGUCCAGCGUCGGCACAAAGCUCAAAUGGCACAGAGACAGAUGAUCACCACAGAAAGUAUGUAGAAACUCUGAACAACUUUAUAAUUGCCACUGAAAAGCUGGGAAUCGAAGGUUUGGCGAAACAGUACCGGAAACUCGAUGCCCAGCAGGACUCCUCACUAACUUUUGAGGCUUUUAAGCAGAAUAUGCACAAAAAUCGAUAUUCAGACGUGGUAUGUCGCGACACUACACGAGUAAAGCUGACAAUUGACAAAAGUCGAUAUGAGGAUUAUAUUCAUGCAAAUUACGUAAAAACCAAUUACCUGAGGAACACAUUUAUCUGCACACAAGGACCCCUUCAGCACACAAUUAUCGAUUUUUGGAGGAUGAUUUUUCAGGAGAGAGCUGAGAGCAUUUUGAUGCUCUGCAAAACAAUGGAAGAGGGCCGCCCGAAAUGCGUCGGCUACUGGCCAUCACUUGGCGUAACAGAAACAUACGGGUGCAUACGUGUCACAAAUAUGGGCGAAUCGUCCGAUGAAUUUGAAAUUUGCAAUUUAGCAGUGACAUUUGUGCCUGACAAUGUGCCGGUCGAUGAGCAGCCCGCAAAUUUGAAGGAGCUCAGAGUUAACCUGAUUAAAUGGCCAAAUUGGCCGGACCGCGGUGUGCCCGACGAAAAAUGUCAUACAGUACCCCAGCGGCUGUUGGCUCAGGUGCGGCACGGCCCUUGUGUGGUACAUUGCUCCGCCGGGAUUGGAAGGACCGGUUGUGUAGUUGCUCUGGAAUUCGCUUAUAAUAAAUUGGAUAGAGGACUGAAAGUAGACUUUGAGGAGAUCAUAACAGAACUCCGAAAACAGCGCGCCCAAUGCAUUCAAACAGAAAUUCAAUACCUCUACAUCCAUCGUGUCAUGAUUGCCUUCGCACGCGGGGAGACGGACGUUUCGGAGAAGGCUUUGGCAGCUGCCGACGCAUUUUUGAAGUCUUAUGAUGAACAUUUGAAGAAAAUUUGAAUAUUUCUUGCCGUAAAAAAUUUUUUUUGAAAAUUUUUUUUUUUUUUGAAAAUUUUUUUAAAAUUUUUUCGAAAAAUAAUUUUUUAAUAUUUCUAUUUUAUCGAUUAUUUCUCCAGACUUUUUAUUGAUUUUUGCAAAAACCGGUGUCCCAUUUUCCCCCAAAACGCUUUUAUAUCAAUUCUCAGAGCCCCCAUUAUUGAUUUUUGGUACUUUUCCGCUAGUCAAAUGAAUUUUUCCUUAUUUUUCC